GAUCUUAAUAGACAGAAUGGAGAAUGUUUUGUGUAGGAGCACAUACUGCCAAUAUCAACUAAUAGAUUAUUUAGAUCUUCUUGGUCUUCAAGGGCUCUAUCCACGUGCACUGGAAUUAAUAUCUCUGCCCAAAGCAGUGCCAACUACAACAAGAUUACAAUGCUCUUUGAUGUCAGAUCACAUUACAGUUCUGUGUAAGCUGAAUCAAGUCGUCAAUAUGGCCCACCAGUUGAAUAGCGACAUAGCCAAUAUCACCAACCAUAAAUAUGUGGCUCACCAAAUAGCUUUACUCUAUCAAUCUAUAUGCACAAAUGCCUUGAAGAAAUGCACUUUCCUGCAGCCAUAUCAAAAAAGCAUCGAAGACAACUUUAAACAUGUGAAGAACACAAUAAACAGUUCUGGGGAUACCCCACAUGUUACUCAACAGCAAAAACAGUGGCUCUUGGAUUUGACUAGUGGCAUAGUGAACACCGCUGUCUCCCAACUACGCAGCAUCAUUCCUCCUGACAUUGCCAUGGUUACCAGACCUACGAAGUAAUCUCUACCAUAGCAACAUACUUUAACCUUUGCAAAACGUACAUUACAAUUGCCACGGGGGUCGUUUUUAGAACCCACGAGGUCAGAAUAGGGAAACGCACAGCUUCAUAUUCAAGUGCGUUGAACUAAAUAUCUCCACUAUUGUUAUGUCUCCUAGCUGCUUAAUUCACCAGAAGGUGGACGGGAAAGAAACCAAUAAUAGGUUCAUCCAUGUUCACGAUCACCGCAAGUCCACAGAACAAUAAUGUCCGUAAGGGAACUGUGCAAUGCCAACUACAAUAUUGCUGCUUCCUACGGGUUUGCGAUUUUAGAGAAUUGUCAAAAGUUUUAGCUUGACAAAAUCGUAGAGGCUGCGUAGGCCGUGAAACCGUACUGUUUCGUACGGCCGCCUUCUACUGACAUACGAUCGCAAAAAGGGAUAUAAGGGCAUCGUGCAU